AAGUGGGGGAGGGAAAACCCUGGAGAGAGGGUUAAGGGAGAGAAGAGAAGGAAGUGAGCCUGCCUAGGUUCUGAGGGAGUGUAUAGGCAGGGAGGGUUACAAGGCGGGACGGGAGCUGCCUUUUCUUGUCUUGUGCCAGCUACCGGAGGGGGUGAGGCGGAGCCUCCCCGACGGAUUCGCGUGCUGCCAGCCUGGGAGAGGCUGGUUACUCCCUGAGGAGGAGCAGCGGAAAACAAGAGGCUCUUAACCUGCAAGUCAGCCUCUCUUCUUCCUGCCCAGAGCAACUGGGUGGCAGAACUUUCCUUUGGGGAAGCACGGAAUCUGAUCUCUCCGGGGAAAGCCCAUGAGGUGCUGUAAACUGUGAACAAUGUUCCAGGCUUAAUACUGCAGCUAAAUUUCAUACUGAAACUAAAAGAAAUUAAAUUUGCUGGUGCAAAAUUUCCUUUCCUUUGGAAGACAGGGUGAGAGAACUUCAGUCAUCUUUGUUUCUCAUUAGACUGUGUGCCUCCCACAAUUAUGAAGAUGCAGUGGAAACAAAAAGGAUACAUUAAAUAUCUGCUUUUCUUCAUGUUAAAAUUAACAACGGCCAUUGAAAUACCAAUCUCAGUUAAACAGGUCCCAACAAUCACAGAACAGUCAACAGUACAAGUUGCAUUUCCUUUUGAUGAAUAUUUUCAAUUUGUCUGUGAAGCCAAAGGAAAUCCAGAACCAACGUUUCAUUGGACUAAGAAUGAGGAGCAGUUUAGUCUCCUCUCCGAUCCACGGAUAAUUUCAUCUAAUAAUACAGGCACAUUCAAGAUCUUAAAUGAGGGACACAUCACUCACUUUCAAGGGAAAUACCGCUGCUUCGCUUCUAAUGAGUUGGGAACUGCCAUGUCCGAUGAAAUUGAGUUCAUAGUUCCAAAUGUACCUAAAUUUCCAAAGGAAAAAAUUGAACCUCUGGAAGUAGAAGAAGGAAAUUCUAUAGUCCUACACUGCAACCCUCCCAAAGGCAUCCCUCCACUUCAUAUAUACUGGAUGAAUAUUGAUCUGCAGCACAUCCCACAGGAUGAAAGAGUGUACAUGAGCCAGAAGGGGGAUCUAUACUUUGCAAAUGUGGAAGAAAAUGAUAGUCGGAAUGAUUAUUGUUGCUUUGCAGCCUUUCCAAGGUUGCGAACUAUUGUACAGAAGAUGCCCAUGAAAUUGACAGUGAACAGUUUAAAGCAUGCUAAUGACUCGAGUUCACACAGACAGAAUGUUACUAAGGCAAAUGUAAUCAAGCAAAGAGAACCCAGAAUGCUUUUGCCUCCUGAAACUUCUGGCAGUCACUCUUCAAUCACCAUCAUCAAAGGGGGGACAUUGCUGCUGGAGUGCUUUGCUGAAGGCCUGCCUACUCCACAGAUCACUUGGAAGAAGGUGGGUGAAGAUUUGCCCAAGGGAAGAGAAACACAAGAAAAUUUUGGAAAGACACUGAAGAUUGAACAGGUCACUCACAUGGAUAAAGGACAUUAUCACUGCAUGGCCAAGAAUUACAAAGGGACCGCCAUUCAUGAAUUCCGAGUUACUGUAGAAGAACCUCCUCGCUGGACAAAGAAACCUGAAAGUGCUGUAUAUAGCAUUGGGAGCAACGGAAUCCUACUAUGUGAAGCUGAAGGAGAACCUGCUCCUGAAAUAGAGUGGAAAAUUAAUGGUUUACCGAUUGAUAAAGAGCACCCACUGCCUGGUAUUGUGUUCUUCCCAGGAGAAAUCAGUUUCAGCAAUGUUCAGUUGAAUCAUACUGGUGUGUAUCAGUGUGAAGCCACAAAUGUACAUGGCAAAAUUCUUGCCACUGCCAAUAUCAACGUAUUAGAUAUUGCUCCAUUGAUGCAAACCCCAGAUGAUGAAGGAUAUGCUGCUGUGGUUGGUUACAGUGCUUUCUUACUUUGUGAGGUUUUUGCCUCACCUCCUGCGGUGAUUACUUGGCAAAGGCCAUCAAAAGUUGAAAGACUUGAAGGCUCCCAUUAUACUACGUAUCCAAAUGGAACCUUAGAAAUCAAAGAAACAACAAAAGAAGAUGCUGGCCCAUACACUUGCUGGGUGAAGAGUCCUCGUGGAGAGGUGGCAGUCACUGCACAUUUGACAAUAAGAGAUGCUACAAACCUUACUGUUUCUCCACUGAAUCCUCAUGUCAUCAGGUCACACUUGCUAGUUUUGCAUUGUGACAUAGAGUGUGACUCACAUCUGAAGCACAGUUUGAAGUUAUCUUGGAGCAAAGAUGGAGAAGCACUUGAAAUUAAUGGAACUGAAGAUGUCAGCAGGAUAAUUAUUGAUGGAGACAAGCUGACUAUAUCUAAUAUCACCCUGGAGGAUGAAGGAUUGUAUGCCUGUCUUGCUAAUACUGCACUUGAUAGAGCAAUGGCCACAACUCAAGUGACCAUUCUUGAUGUUCCGGACCCACCAGAAAACGUUUAUCUCUCUGAAAGGCAGAACAGGAGUGUGCGGUUGAGUUGGGAAGCUGGAGAUAACCACAACAGUGCCAUAACUGAGUUCAUUAUAGAGUUUGAAGGUAAUAGAGAUGAGCCUGGAAAAUGGGCAGAAUUGACUAAAGUGCAAGGAAAUGAAACAACAGCCCUGUUAUCAUUGGCACCAUAUGUUAGGUACCAGUUUCGGGUGAGAGGUGUAAAUGCUGUUGGAAGGAGUAUACCAAGCAGUCCCUCUGACUAUCAUGAAACCCCUCCUGCAGCUCCAGACAAGAAUCCAGAAAACAUAAGAGUUGAAGCUUCUCAACCCAAGGAAAUGUUUAUCAAAUGGGAGCCACUGAACUCAAUGGAACAAAAUGGACCAGGAUUAGAGUACAGAGUGACAUGGAGACAACAGGGAGUUCCUUCAGAAUGGUCUGAUGAAUUGGCCACAGAUAAUACCUUAAGAGUGAUGACUUCAUCUGUCUUUACCCCUUAUGAUGUCAAAGUGCAAGCAAUCAAUCAACUUGGCUCUGGGCCUGAGCCUCAGACCAUAACGGUAUAUUCUGGAGAAGACUAUCCUGAUGCAGCUCCUUUGUCGGUAACAACAAGAGUUAUUAACAGUACCCUAAUUAAUGUCACCUGGGACAGAAUCCCAAAAGAGAGAGUACAUGGGCAUUUGAAAGGAUAUCAGAUCAAUUGGUGGAAAACAAAAAGUAGAUUGGAUGAGAGGAAAUUCCCCAAAGAAAUACAGACUAUAAGAUUGCCAGGAGACAGAAGCUAUGGAAUGGUUCCUUCCUUGGACCCGUUUAGUGAAUUUAAAUUAACUGUCUUAGCCUAUAAUUCUAAAGGUGCUGGACCGGAAAGUUCUCCCAUUUCUUUUCAAACUCCAGAAGGAGUACCUGAACAGCCAAAUUUCCUCAAGGUUAUACAUGUUGAUAAAAACACUGUUGUAUUGUCCUGGGGACUGCCCAAGAAAGCACAUGGCAAUCUGACUGGCUACAGUUUACAAUACCAGAUAAUCAAUGACACAGAUGAGAUCGGAGAAUUAAAGGAAAUCAAUAUCACAAAUCCUUCAAAACUCAGUUGGCGUGUUCCAGAUCUCAAUUCCACAACCAAAUAUAAAUUCUACUUGAGGGCAUGUACUUCCAAAGGCUGUGGUAAACCUGUUACUGAGGAAGGCUGCACAACAGGAGAAGGGAGUAAGACUGUCGGGAAGAUUUCAGAAGCAGUAAAUCCUACCCAAAAGCUUCACACACUUGAGGCAUUUGACCCUGAAACUGAGCAUACAGUUCGUCUAGUGACUAAGAAUUGGGUUGAUAACAAUAGCAUUUUUGAAGAUGUAAUUGAGACAAGGGGGAGAGCAUAUGCAGGCUUAUAUGACAACAUCUCUACCCAAGGAUGGUUUAUUGGACUGAUGUGUGCCAUAGCACUUCUUACAUUAAUAUUAUUAACUAUUUGCUUUGUGAGAAGGAACAAAGGGGGAAAAUAUUCAGUCAAAGAGAAAGAAGAUUUACAUCCAGAUCCAGAAGUACAAUCAGGAAAAGAUGAAACUUUUGGCGAGUACAGUGACAGCGAUGAAAAACCACUUAAAGGAAGCCUACAAUCCCUUAACAGGGAUCUUCAGGCUACAGAAAGUGCUGAUAGCUUGGUGGACUAUGGAGAAGGAGACCAUGGCUUAUUCAAUGAAGAUGGAUCAUUUAUUGGAGCUUACACUGGGUCUAAGGAGAAAGGAUCAGUGGAGAGUACUGGAAGCUCAAUGGCAACUUUUCCACUUCGUGCAUAAACUCUGUGUACAUAAACCGCAUGAGAGACUCAUCUCAUUUUUCCAUGUUGAUCUAUACAAAUAAACAAAUACUUGUCCACAAAAACAGUACUGGGUUUAGCCAGGACCAAACAUCCAGCAAAUAAACCAAGAAUAAGUCACUGCCAUUAAUGGAUAAGAGCAAAUUCUUCUGGUCUAUGUUGUCAUGGGCUGAAUUCAAAUAAGAAUGAACCAUCACCAUGAUAACCAGAUUCAACUUAGUUGGCCUCAAAUAUUGAGUAAUCAAUGCUCCCUUCAUGUACUUUUGGAUUGUCCCAUGUGUUCUCAUAACUUUUUUUUUGGCUUGUAAGGUUUUAUAUACAUCCAAUACACAAUUUGUUCAGUUUCACAGGAUUGUAUGGCUUCUUUUUCUUUUUUCCUGAGCAGUUAAAAGAUAAAAGGAAAACAAAUUAUUUAAAAACAAGAACAAAAAUAACACAAUAUAUCUUGUUGAAACCAUUCACUGAAGAAACUGAAUCCAUAUUUAUUAUUUAAAAUUCACUGCCUAAGGUUCUUUUUGCAUGACCCAUCAAUUGACAAAUAUUUAUUUGUCCAACACUGGUUAUUGGAGCCAAUAGAAUUUAAGUCAUUGUUUUGACUUUUUAGUCAAAUCUUAUUUGAUUUCUGGUUUUUCCUUACUAUGGGAUCUCUGGAUAUUCAGACUUCUUUGGACCAAAACACCUGCAAGGGACUACUGGACAUGGACUUAGGAGAGAGAAGGCCUAAUGUUUCCUUGCUUGGAAAGGUAACCUGGUAUCGGCUAAAACUCAAAGAAUCCAUUUCAGAACUGACUCCUUUUGCCUGUCUGGUGUAAUUAUAAUGGUAUGCUAGCAUACAUUGUAUGAAUGGAGUGUACACAUUCUGUUGAUAUUUACAUGGUGCAAAAUAUAGAUGUGGUUUUAGUUUUUAUUCUGAAGUGAGACAUAUUAACAUGAGAAUUUGUACAGAUAUAGUACAGAGCAAGAGUUAUUGUUUUACACCACACCAGAGUUUGACUAUUCAGAAAUUCAGUAAAGUUAGCUUUCAAAACUGAAGAAACCAUGUAUGCGUUUGAAUUUUGCUUUCUCAGAAUAAAAUGACUUCUGAAAAUUGAGGGAUUUUUUACAUAUUUUUCAAAGUACGCUUUUGUUACUUGUUUGAAAAACCACCUGUUUACUCUAGAAGACUUCUGUGUAUGUGGUUUUCUGCAUCAUACAUUGAGCAUCAUUAGAAUGUCUUGUAUUUUUCCUUUUGUAAAAAGUUAGUAAAUUCUUAAAAUGUAUGAGGUGGAAUUUGGCCUCAGCCUUAUUUUGAAAUUAAUUUAUUUUUAAAUUGAAACAAAGCAACCUACAUGAAUUUCAGUCAACUAAAUAAUUAAUGACUCAUUUAGACAUUUUUCAACUUGUACCUAUAAAUGGAUGUGGGAAAAAGAUGGAUUUUGUUUUAAAUAUCUCUCCCUCUCUCUCAUGAACAAACAUUGGGGUUGUUUUGAAUAGAAAAUUUAGUAAUGGAACUGGAAGUCUUCUUUUUUCCCUUUUAUUCAGAUUAUCAUAAUUAUUCAAAAUAUAUAGGCAAACAUGAUAUAGAUAAUAUGAAAGUAUUUGAUAUUGAAUCAGGAACUGACUAAGGUAAAUGGAGUAUGAUUUUUCAAGCUUUGUUGGAGCAUUAGAAUGUAUGUGAGUAUAGGUAUAUAUACAAGAAUGGCCAUUUGUGAAUCACCUACAGUUGUCCAUGGCAAAAACCUUUGCAAAUUGAGAAAUCUUCUAUUUUAUUAGGUAAAAAAAUCAGAAUUGGCCUUAAAAUGCUUGAAGCUAAGUAUAUUUUUGGAGUUUGCUCUUAAUUCACAUGUGAAUCUUUCCUUGGGGGUACUGGUCAAAAGGUAUUUUUAAGGAGAUCAUUUAUAAUUGAAGCCUCUCCUUAGGUGAUACCAGUAAUACUUUUCAUUUCAGUGGAGUUAAUCAAGUUCGAUGUCACUUCAUCCAUCUUCUCUUCUACCUUUAUGCCUUAAGAGAAAAGGCAACUCCUUGGUAUUCUUCCUACCAAUAUGAGGAUCAAGAGAGGUCCUGGUCCCUCUCAAAAAAUGGUCAGUUUGUAUGAUGGAGAAGAAAAUUUGAAGGAGGAAAAAAACCUUUUGACCACUUUCUAAAUCCUCUACAUUCUCAAGUGCAGAAGGGAGAGAGUAUAUGAUGGUCACUACAUUUUGACAUAGUUUCAUGGAAUAAAACAGGGUUCAAGAUUUGUAUACAGUAAUGCUCACUAGGUUUCUCUUGAAAUGAUAACUAAUUGGGUUUGUCUAAAAAUGAAAUGAACCAGUGCUCUUGGAUAUGAGAUUUUCUCUUUCUUACAUAAAUACUUUCAGUGAACUGUAAUGGAUUAUCACCAAACCACUCACCCUUGGAUCAUCUACAUUCUAAAAUCUAAAUCUACAAUGAAUUAUGACACAUACAUGGAAUACAAUAUAAGUUGUUAAAAUGGUAUUGGUCAUAUAGCUUAUGAAUAAGGAUCACUUUUCUAUUAAUUUUAUAAGCAAAUUAUUCACUCUGUUUUCCUUCUUAUGCCUCAGGACCCAAAAAUAAUAUGUGAAGUGUCAUUUAAGUGCAAUGAAAGUUUAGAGAGUAAUAGUACUGAGAAGAAUGCUCAUCAAGUGUCAAAUUAACCUAAAUGCUAAGGCCCCAGCUUAAAUCUAGCACUUUGUUUCUCUAGUCAAUUUUCUUUCUCUAGUAAACUACUUUUUUAAAAUCCCUAAUUGAAUAGUCUGCAAAGUAUGACAUAGUCACUAAAAUAUUUAUGUCUUAAAUAAUGCUUUUGGAAAUCAAUAAAAUCUUCUCUCUUUUCAAAAGUAUAUGUAUUUUCAACUAAUAUAAUACUCUACUGAGUCUGCCAAGUUAGUAGAUAAGCUCCCCUUUGCUUAGACCACUGUAUGUUCUGAGUGAGCUACUCACUGAGGUUCUACAUCCAAGCAUGUUCUUGUACAUUUCCAUUAGGAGGAAAAGGACCAAGAUGCACUGAAUCAAAAACUUGGAAGCUCAAGUUCUCUUCAGAGUUCUUACACUCACUUUCUGAGUAGCCUUAGGCAAGUCCCUUAAAAAAUCUCUAGUUCGAAACUUUUCAUCAAUAAAGUACUGCUGAACAUCUGCUACCUGCUAUACGACAGGGCUAGUUGUUUCUAAUUGAGAUUGAUUUUCAAAUGUCUGAGGAAGGCUAAGAAACUUUUCAAGCAAACAAAUAAAAAACAACAACAUUUGAUAGGGAUAACAUGCAAUGAUUUCUGUAUAUAAUAAUAAUAAUAUGACAUCUCCCUUACUAAUUUUUCUUAUUCAGUUUAGUAGGAAUUGUCACAAUUCCCACUAAACUAAUAACAUAUAUUGUAAUGGAAGAUAUUGUGAGUACGAUCAUACAAACAUAAUCAGAUAUCCAAAAAGGUAUGCAGAUUGUGCCAACUCAGUACUUUUUUUCCAGUGAGCACAUAAAUAUAUUUUUAUAGAAAAAAUAAAAACAAAUAUACAGGAAUUUUAAAGAUGCCUUCCAUACAGCAUGCAGUAUAAUUUGUGUGUACCAUUUAAAAUAAUUGCUAAGAACAUGAAAUUUAAGCAGGGUCUUUCCUAUAAAAAAGUUUUUUUUUCACUAGUUUUACAUGCACAUUUGUAAAAAAAUUUGUGGGAAUUUAGUGAAUUUAGUUUACUGGGUAUAAAGACAUCUGAUAUUUUAAGUAUACCCAGGUUUAUAAAAUAAGAUAUGUAAUGGAAUUGUGCUGGAUGUCUCAAAUGAUAUUUUUCCCUAUUUUAUAGUAAUGAAAUAAGAGAUGAAGAAAAAAAAGACUGAUGCAAGUUUUACUUCAUUUUUAAAGUAUAUAAAAUUAAAUUGUCAUUUGAAAUCCUAAAUAUGUUUACAUAUAAUUAAAAUCUAAAUGCCUGUAAGACUUUAGAAUGGAUGAAAAGGGGACUGAGUUUGUAAAACCUGGGCUCAUUGAUUCCAGUUUCCAUUUAGUGAAAUAGGUGGGGUUGAGCCAAAGCAUACGUUAUUUUAUUUUAGAUUCAUGAUAUUUUAUUACAUGAUAUGAAGAGGGAAAGGACUGUGUAUACUAAGUUAAUCUGACUGCUUUUUCAGAUUAAUAUUCUUAGUGAAACUUUAUUAAAGGUAAAAAAAACAAAAAAUGUGUUUGUAUUGUAGUUGCUGUUUGUAUCAUGUUUAUGUAUAUGUAUGCUUUCAAAAAUAUUUUGAAUAUACAUGAAAUUCAACUUUUCAAAUAAAAGUUCAACUUCAUGUAAUCUAAAAA